AGGCAGGCACGCCCCCAAACACACAAUUAGUUUGUGAUACCUAUGUAUCGCAGGUAGCAGUGAAAUCCAGGAGGCAAGGAAUCAAGACAUUUAAUUCAAGAUGGCAUCCAAGACGUUUGGAAGCAGAGGGGUAGAAGUUCAGAGUUUGGUGGAUGUGUCAAUCAUCCGUAUCCCACCCCACCACUACAUCCAUGUGUUGGAUCAGAACACAAAUAUUGCUCGAGUGGAGACUGGACCGCUCACCUACAUCCGCCAGGACAAUGAGAGGGUACUGUUUUCUCCUGUGCGCAUGACAAUGGUCCCUCCACGGCACUACUGCGUGAUCAUCAACCCUGUUGCCCGCGACGACAAUGGUCAGGUGCUCUUUGACCAAUCUGGACAGGCCAAACUUCGCCAUGCCGAUCUGGAGAUCCGCCUUACCCAGGACCCUUUCCCUCUCUAUCCAGGGGAAGAGAUUCAACAGGACGUGACAGCACUGCAGAUUGUGUAUCCAGACACCGCGCUGCGUCUACAGGCACUGCUGGACUUUGAGGAAGAAGAAGGAGAGAAGAGGGUAGCUGGAGAUGAAUGGCUUUUUGAAGGGCCUGGGACCUACAUUCCCAGGAAGGAGGUGGCAGUGUUAGAGACCAUCAAGGCCACAGUCAUUCGGGAGAACCAAGCCAUCCGCCUGCGCGCCCGCAAGGAAGGCGUGGACAGAGGAGGAGUGCGCAGGGUUACUGGUGAGGAGUGGCAGGUGAGCAAGGUGGGAGCUUAUCUACCUGGGGUUCAUGAGGAGGUCCUGGACAUUGUCAAUGCUUUCAUCCUCACUGACAAGAAAGCGCUGCAUGUGCGUGCACUUCGCGCCUUCAGGGAUGCGGUUGGUCGAGACCGACGCACAGGGGAGGAGUGGUUGGUGACCAUGGCAGACCGGGAGGCACACAUUCCCUCUGUGGCUGAGGAGGUAGUAGGUGUGGUUGGCGUGACCACUCUGAGCAGUAGACAGUACUGUGUAAUCCUUGACCCAGUCGGACCAGAUGGCAAGCCCCAACUGGGGCAGAAGAGGGUUGUCAAGGGUGAACGCUCCUUCUUCCUGCAGCCAGGGGAGCAUCUGGAGACAGGCAUCCAGGACAUCUAUGUGCUCUCAGAGGAGGAGGGGCUGGUGUUAAGGGCUGUGGAGGCCUUCAAUGACACUGAGAAGCUUGAGGAAGAGGAAGAAGAGGAUGAAGAUGGACUGGGAGAGCAGAGGGUCAUGCCGGUAAAAAAAAUCAGGAUUAGCCGUCGCCCGGGCGACCGCUGGAUGCUGCGAGGCCCAGUUGAGUAUGUGCCUCCAGCAACCGUGGAAGUGUUCCUACGGCGACAGGCCAUUCCAUUGGAUGAAAAUGAGGGAAUCUAUGUCAGGGACAUUAAGACUGGAAAGGUUCGUGCCGUUAUUGGCCACACCUACAUGCUGACGCAGGACGAGGAGCUGUGGCCCAAGGAGCUGCCUCAGAAUGUGGAGGCCCUGCUGUGCUCCAGCAAGGACCCCCUGGCCGACCGAUCGGACCGCCAUAAGGUGGAAAACAGGAAUGUCAGGGACAAGACCAUGGUGGUCUCCUACAGGGUACCCCACAACGCAGCCAUACAAGUCUACGAUUACCGGGAGAAGAGGGCCAGGGUGGUGUUUGGCCCAGAGAUGGUGAUGCUGGGACCAGACGAGCAGUUUACAGUGCUGUCCCUGUCGGGGGAUAAGCCCAAGAGGGCUAACGUCAUCAAGACCAUCUGUCUGCUCCUGGGGCCUGACUUCUUCACUGACAUCAUCACCAUAGAGACAGCAGACCAUGCCCGCCUACAGCUGCAGCUCUCAUAUAACUGGCAUUUUGAUAUUAAAUCUCGAGAGGAUCUGGUGGCGGCUGCAGCUCUUUUCUCUGUGCCAGAUUUUGUUGGUGAUGCAUCCAAAGCAAUCGCCUCCCGUGUCAGAGGAGCUGUUGCCUCCGUGCAGUUUGACGACUUCCACAAGAAUUCUAACCGCAUCAUCUGCUCGGCGGUAUUCGGCUUCGAUGACAAACUGACUGUACGCUCCAGUUUCCGCUUCAGCCAGAACGGUCUAGUGAUCAGCAGUGUGGACAUUCAGUCAGUAGAGCCCGUGGACCAGCGGACCCGUGAUGCCCUGCAGAAGAGUGUCCAGCUGGCCAUUGAGAUCACUACCAACUCUCAGGAGGCAGCUGCACGCCACGAGGCGGAGCGUUUGGAGCAGGAGGCGCGGGGCCGCCUGGAGAGACAGAAGAUCACGGACCAGGCCGAGGCUGAGAAAGCCAGGAAGGAGUUGCUAGAGUUGGAAGCCCUCAGUGCAGCGGUGGAGAGCACUGGGGCAGCGAAGGCUGAGGCCCAGUCAAGAGCCGAGGCCGCUCGUAUCCAGGGAGAAGCAGCCGUCAGCGAAGCCAAACUGAAGGCAGAAGCUCAACGUAUUGAGGCUGAGGCGGAGCUGCUGCGGCUGGCUAAGGCGCGUGAGCAGGAGUUGCAGUAUAAGAAGGAGACAGACCGCUUGGAUAUGGAACGGCAGCAGAAAAUAGCAGAGAUUGAAAGCCUCCGUUUCAAACAGCUGGUGGAGAGCAUAGGAAGAGACACACUCAAGGACAUGGCCAGAGCAGGGCCAGAGCUACAGGUCAAACUCCUGCAAUCACUGGGACUCCAGUCCACGCUGAUCACAGAUGGCUCCUCCCCCAUAAACCUCUUCACCACAGCCAAUGGCUUGCUGGGAGCUCUGCAGGGCCAAGGCAAGUAAGGGGAGAAGAACAAGGAAAGGAGGAGAAGAAGAAAAGCCGGAUGAAUAGAUUCAAAGGAUUCAAAACCAACUCCCACAUCAUCUCCUAAAGUUUUGUUUUUGUGUUUUCUCAUGUGAACAGACAUGAUAGGUACUCUGUCUAGAUUGUAAUUAAUAAAGGGGUUCAUGCUUCUUCAGUGUACCCUAAAUAUCUGAUAUUAACAGGCUAGAACUUUAAUACAUGCCACUUUAAUUUCCAAUAUAAACACAAUAAGUGUGUAAGUGAUCAUUGCAUCUGUGCUAGUUCAAGGAUUAAAGGUUAUAUUUGGUCUCCAGGGGCCGGUUUUUCAAAAAUCUAAUCUGAUUGGAUUAUGGCUAUCGGAUUGGAUCAAAUCUUGAAAAUUUGUAUUUCAAAAGAAAAAAAGGAUUCAGAAAUUGGAUUGGAUCACGUAAUUUAAUCUUGUUGAUCCGGAUCAAACCUUGAGUUUGGGUUUUUAAAAACUUUUUGGUAGGAUCGGGAUCAAUUUGAUCUAAAAAAUCAGGAUUAAACUGAUCCCAGCAGGAGGGUGGUUUCAUGGAGGAUUUUAGGUAACUGAACUUGGUUAGUUAAAUAAUACAAGAUUUAUAUCAUGCAUUUUACAGUAUUUAUAUUUAAUUAUAAAUAUUUCGGCCCCAUAAAAUAAUCCCCCAAACAGCUGUCAAUAUUGAACUCAAAUAAUAAAUUCUGUCUUUGUUUAUUAAACAUUAACCACACUGACACAAUCAUCAGUCAUGGACUUAUCAAAAAUAGUGUCUAACAAUUGCAUCUCUUAUUGGUCGUCCAGUCGGGCCCUCAUUCUGACAGAAUGCCGGAGGUUGGUCAGUGUCUCCAAUGGGCUCAGGUGCAGGGAUGUCAUCACAGAGAGGGACUUUGCACCUGGUCGCGAUGUUGUGUAGUACAAUGCAAGCAAGUAUUAUGUUGCAUGCUUUCUGUGGUUCCACUCUCAAGUAGUUAAGGCAUGCAAAGCAUCUGUUCAGAACUCCAAUUAAGCGCUCAAUGGUUCAUCUUGUUUUGCAAUGAGCAGUGUUGAAGCGUGCCUGCUCGGGCGUGUGUUUAGCCAGAAAAGGGGUCAUCAGCCAUGGUAGAAGAGGGUAGGCACUGUCUCCUAAUAUGAUACCAUUCGGUCGGUUGGUUUGGAGCUCUCUAUAUAGAGCGCUCUCCCUCAGGAUGCGCGCAUCAUGGACAGACCCAGGCCACUUCACAACACAGUUUGUGAUGAGCUCAGCGUUGCCCACAAGUUGAACAUUGAUGCAUUGUCUCCCCUUUUGGUUUACAAACUCCCACUCAUUCUCAUGAGGUGCUUGUAUGUGCACAUGGGUGCAGUCGAUUGAUCCAAUAAUAUUGGGCAUAUUCCCCAAAAGAAAAUAAUUCUGCUUGGCCUGGUCAUCCUUCGGAAAAAAAACAAAGAAGGCCCAUGAGGGUAAAUCUCUGUGGGAUUUUGGGGGUGACAUAAAAUAAAGGAUCUUGCUUGAAAGCGAUUUGCAGCCUAGAACUAGGAGUCUAGGACUGCAAAACCUUUAAUUAAGAUUAUACCCAAGUUUAGGUAUCUUAAUCCAUGAUGUUCAUCAUACAUAUCUCUUGACUACUGACUAUUACCAUAGAACGUCUGCUGCAGAAACCCAUAUUAAUUACUCUAACCCAUACUGUCACAGUAAGUAAAUCUAAAAUGUUAUGAUGAUUUGACAAAUUCAUUAAUCAGGCUGGCCAAUGCAGUUGAAACAGUUUUCAGAACAUCACAAACAGUUGAUUAUUCCACAACAAUGUAUGAGUGGACUGCCUGUUUCCAAGACAUGGACAAUGGUCAAGUUCAAGUCUUUUAUUAGAUUCUGUCAAAUAAAAUACUUUUAUUGGAGGGGGGAUGUUUAUAUUGUUUGUUUGCUGUUCCGUUCAGUCCUAUUUUCUGUUCAAAUAAAGCAUAUUGGAGUGACCCCUCA